GUAGAUGGCAGAUAAAUGAUAAGCUUUUUGUGGUAUCCUAGCUUAUGUCAAAGGGUUUAUCGAGAUGAUUAAUUUUGACAGCUAGUUAUAAUUACAGAAGUAGACGUGAAACUGUAUUUAACAGCAGCAAAGAUAGCAAAUCCUGGCCACCAUUAUCUGAAGAUGAAAAACGUGUAUCUGUGAGCUGAGAUGAAAGCAACUGAACUUCCAUUAAUUCCCAAAGGAGUCCAUUAACCGUAUCUCGCAUAUGUUGAGUGACUAGUGUUGUUACUGCAAUGGUAGUCGCAGUAAUGAAGUAAACAAACUUGGAUAAAGCUAACAGACCGCUGUCGGUUCAAAGCGAUCAGGCAAACUUCAACGAAAAUAACUCAAAGUCUACUCUAGUUCUGAGUAACAAAAUGAUCACCAAGUUGACUUCGGAGUUUUUAUGCGAGCAAACUUCGGAUCCGGAAACAGUGACCAAAUUCAUGCUGGAGCGAAACAAGUUGCGAGAUCUUCCCUUCGAGCUUGUAGAUUUUAUUAACUUAGAAACAAUUAAUUUGUCGUACAAUAAUUUCCAAAAGUUCCCCAAUGUUAUUUGCGAGCUGGUUUGUCUUCGAGAAAUUAUUAUGGUCGGCUGUGAAAUUGAAGCGCUUCCAACCGAAAUGGAUAACUUGAUUUUUCUGGAAAAGCUGGUUCUGGAUUUGAACCAUAUUCGCAAGAUUGGAGACGUGCUGCUUUCGUUGGCGAAUUUGACUACACUUAGUUUAGGAAUGAACUACUUCUCUGUGUUUUACUCGACGCUUCCAGUUCAGAUAAGGGUGUUGAAUCUGGACAACAACCACCUUACUUGUUUCCCUGACUGCAUCCUGACCCUGGAGAAUCUGCAGCAUCUCAAUCUGAGUUUCAACAGGAUCCGAGAGCUGCCCUGGGAAAUAGACUGUCUGCGGAAGUUGGAGCAGUUCUCUAUUGUGAAGAAUAGAUUGCAGUCACUGCCGUCUUCCAUCAGCAACCUCGACAAAUUGAAGGUGUUGGACCUCAGCAACAACCAGCUAGAAGUUUUGCCAGGUAAUCUGAGCAACAUGGUUUCUCUGGAAGAGAUAAAUGUCAUCAACAACCCCAUGAUCCAGCCUCCCAGACACAUCUGCGAACAUGGCAUAGAUGCAAUCAAAGCCUUCCAAGACUGCCUCAAGAAACAGCUUUAUGAACCGUGCAAUCGUGCCACCAAAGUAUUCAUACUAGGUGCAAGUCGUUCUGGUAAGACAGGCCUUUAUAACUUCCUGUCUGGCCAAAAGUCAGAGAUGAGUGGCUGUUCUAGCGUCAAACCGAACAAAACGGAGCCUGUCACGAAAAAGAAAUUUGCCCAUUAUUGCAAUAACGACUUUGAAAGUCUAGCAGUCACAGUUUUCAAACUCAGUGGCAAAAUUGAGUACAAUUUCUUGAGUCAAAUAUUCUUUACGCGCAACGCGCUCUACAUUAUUUGCGUGCAAAUGGAUAGAUAUAAAAAUUCGAACUUCAGAAGUUCAGUUCUAAGUUACAUUCAGUUGGUACAAUCGGUCGUCCCAGACGCAAUGAUUUUGAUUUUGCCUACAUAUUUAGCAAAAGGUGCUCGAUCACCUAUUACCAAAUUGCAAUUCGAGAAAAGUAUCACCGAUUUACAAAAUAGCGCUAAAAAUUAUAUCAGAAUUUCAAAUUCUAAUUUAUCAGAUGAAUUAGAUUAUUUACAAUCGUUGAAAAAAGAACAUGGAUUUGACUUGUGGUUACUUCAUAGGCAAAGAUUCCUAGAAAACUUGACAAAAUUUUCGCCGAAGAUAUUGAGUAGUUUAACACCGGGGCCCAAUAAGAAGCAAUUGGCAUGGAAAAUAUCAAAAAACGACAAAUGUGGCGAUUUAUUAAUUAGUUACCUGAAAGAAUUGACGCAUGUUGAAGAAUUCUUUGCUUGCAAUUUACAAGACGAGAUUCAAAGCUCAUGGAAAACUUUGGAAAAAUUGAUUUCUAGCUACAGAAAGAAGAAUUCGGGUCGAUUAUACUUGAACAGAAACGACAUCUUGGAGCCAGCAGUUCAGAUUGGAGUUAAUUCAGCCGAGAUCGAUGAUGUCAUUAAAUAUCUGAAUAUCUACGGGGUUAUUUUCGUGUUCGAUCGAGUGGCGCAUUUGAGACAGUGCAUGUUUCAUGAUCCGAAGACGCUGGUCGAUUUCUUCAAUAGUGUUCUAAGUGUAUCCCUCCUAACGAACCGAAAUGACCCCUCGUUGCAACAAUUCUCGCCCUUCGAAAUCCAGUCUACCAGAGGUGAAUUGAGCCAGCAUGGAGUGAUUACUGAAGAAAUGUUAGUGCAACUUAUGAGAAACUCAGUGCCAGAAGCGGAUUCUGUAGAUUUCAAUUACUUCGCGGCGCUGUUGAGAAAUUUGUCAAUUGCAAGAAAAGUUGACGCAAGCAAUAUAAAAGAAGUGACCAAAUCUCGAAACACGAGAUCAUCGGCAGUGGUAUCCAAACCACAGGCAAUCGCUCGGAAUCAUAAAUACCUCACAAAACAAAAAUCAUCACUCUUCAAGCGAGACCGCAACAAGUAUAGCAGACGCUCUCUCAUUGGUCGAUCAAGUAGCCAAUCAGACGAGAACGUGGACCCAAUGAAAAAAUUAAAAAGCAAUCAUCACAAGCGAGUGUUUUCCCACAGUGCUCUGCCAUCAGAUAUGUACUAUAAUUACUCCGAGGAGAACAAUUCGACGUCGAAAGUGAAGUACAAGACUUCGUACUUCUUUCCAUGGUAUAUCGAGCAAGAGUAUAGUCCACAGCAGCCAGUAGUGUCUGACGAUAAGUCACGUGUUAUGACAUUAUGGCCAGGGUAUUUGAGGAGUUCGCUGUACAAACUGCAAGUGAUAUGUGUGUUCAAAAACUUCUCAGAUGCACUGUCUAUUCUGCACCGACUGAGUGUGGCCCUGCACCACUGUCUGGACUAUAGGGACGACUGGAAGGGAAGACUAUCAGCUACAAUGGAGUCACUGCCUCUUCUCGUGGAGAUCGAUACGAUCCACAGGGACAACACUGCUACUCAGAUGACUUCAUCGACGAUGCCGCCCUUGAACAAUUCCUCGAAAAAUGGUGAAAGAAAAGGAGGAAGCGAAGGCCUGCCAUGUUUGUCCAUAUCUUCUAAGAGCGAAAUUGUCUACUCUCAAGUCAUGUGGACCAUCAUCAUACAGGUCGUUGAAUAUCUGCUUAAACUUUUCCUUGAGUACCCAGGUCUUAACUACGAACUACAACUUGUCUGCCCGCAUUGUCUGAAAAAAUUUCCAAACAAGCAACUAGGAGACAUGCAGAGAUAUCCUUGGGAGCAGAUUUUCUUCAAUUUGAGGGACCCCGAUUCUAUUGAAGAUAUCGAUGAUCUGGGGUUGAGUUGUCCUUACAUGAACACAACCGAACGUCUCCCAACUUCGCUUUUGAUGCCGCCGCCAAUUGAGUUCGACCCCACGUUUUCGAGAUACUUCGAUGAAAUUUUGCCGAGUUUGAGUAGAACGAAUUGGAGACAGUUUGCCAAGCGAUUAGGUCUUUCGGACAUCGAAACUGACUGCAUUAGAGAUUCAGUGGCGGCAAGUUACAAUUUCAGUCGCCAGAAAGAACUCAUGCUAAUAUUCUGGCACAGAUUAUUCCUAGCAACUGCCUCGACAACCGAUUUAAUCGAAGCUUGCAAGAAGCAAGGAUUCACUUUCUUAGUCAAUAAGCUGACAGCAUUACAAUCUAAACUGAGAGUUCCGUCUGUUUUGACGCGGCCUCAAUUGAGCAGUCAGAGCAGCUUUUCAGCCAAUCACGUUGCGUCAACGAGCUCAGAGAUUUCAGGAUCUAUGAGCAAUGUUUCGGAGUCAUGUCAAUCGAUAUUCGAGGAGCUUCCGACCUAAAUAAUUUCACGCCUUAUUGUAGUUUAUCACGCCGAAAACGGAACUU